CAUUAUUUGUGUUCAACCGAUUUGUUCGUUAGUAUGCAUUUGUUUUGAUGUCGAAACAACCGACAAAUCUACGUACUAAUAAAUCGAAAUAAUGUCAUCGAAUACUGCAGUAAUUGUGUUAGCCGUGGUUAUUUUUGCCGGUGGACAGUUCGGGCACAUUGAAUGCACCGCCGCCAACACCACGACCAGCCAGGAAAUGCAACAUUCACCAAAUGCAACGAACACAAGCACUCAGGCGUACAUCAAUAAAUAUUUACCGGUUAUGUGGUCAGCGCUUAAAAACGCAAAUACCGAUAAAUAUUUGCUUACAAUGAGAAAACUCCAAAUCCCAUCGAAGCAACUGUACGACAGUCUGAAAAUUUGCAUUUUAAAAUAUUUAAAUGCCAUCGAGCCGAUUGCAUUUGUAAACGCAUCCAAAUUGCCGAACAACAGUUGCGGUUAUAUGGUGUUGCUGGACCACGUCGGUGUGCUGCAUAUGGCGAGCAAAAAAGCAUUUCGAUGCUUGAAGUCAUACAAAAUCAGCACAAGCAUCACUUAUGCAAAUGUAACACAGGAGUCAAUGUAUAACGAGCAACCGGACGCUAAAUCCUUGUAUUCCAAAUGUCUCGAUGAAGUUGUAAACGAAGCGACGAACGAUUUUGAAUCACUUGAGCCACGGCUAAAGGAAUGUUUGGAAAAUCCUACAACACCGGAUCAAAGUACAUCCGAUUCAACUGAUUCGAACACUACUCCAAGCGUAUAGAAGUAAUGAUGAUUAGUUUAUUAUUAUCAACGGGUUUUUUUUAUCGCUAAAUUUGUGCUAAAAGUGUGUCAAUUUUUUUUGUACGAUUAAAUCGAAAUAAACAACUUAAUUUUGUCCUAAAUCUA